GCGUUUUCGUGUUUUAUUCGUUUAUUGUCGCUUCGAUUUUUGAAAACUGCCACAAUUUUCUGAAAAAAAAUGAGACUUUAGACUAAUCGCGAAACUCCGCUAUGGUCGUCUUGGACAACAAUUUAUGCGUUUUAUCGUUCUCAUAAAUUUUUGAGGUUGCUGUUAUUGUUGAUUGCGGAAGGAAUGAAUUAGGUGUUGCCGUGUCGGAUCAAUUUCUGUUUGCAACUUUGCGUAGUUUGCAGUUUGCAGCAAACUGUUUGCUGUUUGCUUUUUCAGUUUCCCUGCACUGCAGUUAAAUCAUUGUGAGCUGCUAAAUCAGGAACUAAAUGAGCGUUACCGUGAGCGUUCAUAACUUACUGCAGCUUACAUUCUGAUUGCCUCCGUGUGAAAUUUAUUGAGGCAACAUGCCCCGUACAACUCGCACGCAAGAGAGUGAAGCGAGUUCCUCCCAAGCUACCGCAGGCACCCAGCGCACGCUGCGGGGACGUGUGCGUCCGCAGGAAGCUUCCGAUGACGAGGACGCAACGGAGACCGAUUCUACUCCGAAUGUCGUCCCUACCGCGGCCGUGGAGGUGUCGGAGAUUGAGCUGGAAUGGAUGGAGGAGGGCUGGAUGGACCUGCCCCCCAUCCCCGUGGCAGGGGGGAGGGCGGCCGCGGAGGAAAACGAGCUGGAGAGCAACGCCACAUUACUGGUUACGCUCAUUUUGAUGUGCCAUCACAGCCGCGGCGUCAUGACCAAUAAUCGACUAAAGAACGAAUGGCAGAAGCUGUCCAACCGACCGAACGUGGACUUUGAGGCGGUUUUCAAACGUUCGCGUAAACUGUUGCGCGAGGACUUCGGCUUCGUCCUGGCGGAGAUCAGCCCCGAUCAGCCGGUAUUCCCCAUGGACAACGCGAACCUGUACCUGGAGGAAGGCGCUCAGGAAAAUAAAGGCCUUGCGGAGGACGGGCCGGUUGACACACAGGACACACAAAAGUCCGGCAGACGACGCAAGCAUACGGCGAUUCAUUACAUUCUUAUCAACAGCACCGAUGCCGCUAAAUCCUUCCAUCGCUGCGGACCUCGGACUCUGUUCAGUGCAGAUGCGGUGGAGGAAGUGGAAGCGCUGGGCGCGGCACGACAUACAUUAUUGACCCUGACGCUGCUGUAUAUUUUCAUGGAAGGUGGAGAUGUGCUGUCUGAUUUAAUCUGGAAUUUUCUGAAGCCCUUCGGAUUCGACGUAGACCUGGUUCACCCUCAUCUGGGGAAACUGAAGGAUUUACUCCAGAGGGAUUUUGUCAAACAGGAGUACCUGCUGCAGGCGUCGCGCCCAAACGCCGGCGGUGAGCAGAAUUACUACCGAUGGGGCGCCCGGGCCGAUCUGGAAUUCAGUCGACUGGCCAUGCUGGACUUGUGCGGACGGAUCUUCGGUGUGGAUGCGGACAAUGUCUCGUUCGGUGAGCGCUAUAACAAAGCCACCGUGACAGAAAAGCAGCGUCGGGCCCGGAUUGCUGCUGCCCUGGAACGUUGAAAACUUCAUGUGCCUUUAUUUUUAAUUUUGAUCUUCUUGAAUUUUUAAGCGAUGGUGCAUUUCUUCAGUUUAUUCCUAAAACAUCGUUAGUAUAUUCAUGAUGUCUUUUUAUUGUGUUGAAUUUCCCUGUCAGAUAGAACUUUAUUCUGCCGCUAUUUGUGGAAGCGGUUGCUUGAGUGACUCCGUGAUGUCAACAAAAUCCGCUUUUUUC